UCAUCAAUUGGCAGAUCUGGGUCUUGUUUAUGAAAACAAGGAGUGGUGGAAGUUAUCAUGCUAAAGACGGAAGUCUUCAGGGGUUCGCUGGGAAUUCCUGAAACAGCUGGCAGGUAUGGUCAGACGGCCUGCAGCUUCUGUGGUCAAAGAAGGAAAAAUGUAGGAAUAUGAGGCAUUCAGAAAGGCUAUGGAGAAAAACUUUUGUUUGACAAACAAGGAGAUUCUGUAACUUAGUAAGAAAAACAGGUUUGGUUUUUUGUUGGGGCUGAAGCCAAUGAGAUGACAGAGUGAGGGAGUCAAAAUAAAUUACCGGCGUCUAGAUGGUAAAAGACAUGCUGAAGGCUCUGGACAUUGUGGGGCUGUUGGUGUUGAUAUGCCCUUGCAGUGUUGCAUGUGAGACCAGGACAACAUUUUCAGUCCAAACUUUCAAGAAAGGCAGCAGAACAGUGUGCUCCAACAAGUCUCAUGCAGGACAGUGUGCCUUGAGGACCAGGGUUGGAAAACACUGCAUUUCUGCUACAUUUAACAUACAAACAGGCACAUUAGCUUUUCUUGCGAGAGUUGUACUUGUACUUAAUAAACUGCACUAUACGCACCUCAUUAAGUAUUCUGGUGUUGCCUUAAUUUGAAUCUCUUGAAGUAAGCUGAUUGUGAUAUGUCCGCUUUUGUUUUCUGGAAGUGGUGAACGAUAUUAUUGACAGUUGUUUCUAAGAGUUAUUCUUUACACCCUGACAUCAUGCAUAACUUGCGUUGUUCAAUGAGGUGUUAGUUUCCUGUUCAAACGUAUAAAAAUCACUUUCUAGCCAAGCAUCACUAUAGCAGAACUGGCAAUAGCACCCAGAAAAAGUGGACGACUCCUUGUGCAUCUAAACGAGAGACUUGGAGCUGGUAGAUCCCUCUGGAACUCAGCAGGAAGAUGGCUGUCCUGCGCUGGAUGGUUCUGGUUCUGGCCGUCUUCCUGUCUCCUCAAUGCAGUUUAGCCGCUGUAAACCAGAACUGGCUGACCAAUAUUAUACAAAACCUCAAAAAUGAGUAUGAAUUGGGCGACAGCUACAGCUUGGCUGUCAACCUCCCUGUGAACCAAGACUUAAACAGUCUUGCAGACGUUCUUAAGGAUGACCCUGCAGAUGCAGUGAAACAAGCUAUUUCUACGGGUCAAGUGUACCAAGGCACGAGGGUUGUUGCAGCUGCCCAGUCUGGAGCGCUGGCUCAUGUUCUAGAGAAAAUACAGCCCCUCAUAAAAAGCAGUGAUGGUAACGUCCUCAUCGUCUACUCUGAAGGCUACCCUGAUGCAAAUGGCAUUGACAACAAGAUCAGUAACAUUGUUCAGAACUGGAAGAGUUAUGCUUUUGUGUUUUCUAAAGUAGCUGAUGUUGCUGAUGCUAACACACUUCAGAGGGCUGCAGAGUUCAAGGGGCAAGAGCUUUCAAAGUUUGGGCUUGAAAACAUAUUCCGUUGUUAUGAGCAAAGCGAUUCUUUUCAGUGCACAAACUGCAAAGCAGGUGAUAAUGUUGCGCCAUCCUGCGUUGCAGAUACAAUGCAAUCAAAUGCCAACGAAGAGACAGCAGUAGAUGCACCUGAGCCGCCUGCAGGAAGUGAUGAAGGCACAAUUUCAGGUUUAAAUAACGGGUCUGGCAUAGGCUCAGUCACUGGCACUAACCAAGAGCAUGAGGGUGGAGGGAUGAUUGAUGUCAUGGGUGGACAGAAACCAAGAAAGGGCAAAAAGAGGAAAAAGGGGAAGAAAGGUGAACAAGGUGGAGAGGUGAAAGAAGGAGGUAAACAUGGAAAAGGUGGCAAAGUGAGAAAAUCAGGUAAAUGUGGAAAAGGAAGCAAGAUGAAAUCAGGUAAACGUGGAAAAGGAUGCAAGAUGAGGAAAUCAGGUAAACGUGGAAAAGGAGGCAAGAUGAGGAACUCAGGUAAACGUGGAAAAGGAGGCAAGAUGAGGAAAUCAGGUAAACGUGGAAAAGGAAGCAAGAUGAGGAAAUCAGGUAAACGUGGAAAAGGAAGCAAGAUGAGGAAAUCAGGUAAACGUGGAAAAGGAAGCAAGAUGAGGAAAUCAGGUAAACGUGGAAAAGGAGGCAAGAUGAGGAAAUCAGGUAAACGUGGAAAAGGAGGCAAGAUGAGGAAAUCAGGUAAACGUAAAAGUGGGAAGCGUAAAAACAAGAGAAGGGGGCAGAUAGCUAACAGUGCAUAACAAACUGCUUUGCCAAAUUUUGAGCAACACAAUAAGGGACAUUAGUUAAAAAAAAUAAGAUACUUUGCAAAAGUGUUCUUACUUCCUUUAUUUAAUCUUAUGAAACCAUUAGCUUUGUCUGGCUAAAUCAGCGCUUCUCAAUUCCAGUCCUCAGGCCCCCCCACCCUGCAUGGUUUCAAUGUUUCCCUUCUGCUACACACCUGGAUUGAAUACAUGGGUGAUUAACAGGCUUCUGCAGCCCUUGAUGGUCAUGUAAUCAUUUGAAUCAGCUGCUCUGGAGCAGAGCUACAUCUAAAGCAUGCAGAGCAGGGGGGGCCUGAGGACUGGAAUUGAGAAGCACUGGGCUAAAUAAACAUAAUUCAUUUAUCUGUAUUGACAGGAUUUAUUUGAAAGGAUGUUGUCAUGUUUUGCUUUUCUAUAUCACAGAAUUCCAACUGUUUAUGUGGAACCUUGAUAUUUUUGCUACUUUUGAUUAAAGUUUGCUUUAGCAUUUUAA